GUUGCACACUCUUCAGUAGAAAUAAGCGAGGAAAUGUUGUGUUUGUUGGUGUUUUUGUUCAAUAUUACCGACAUUUGGGGUUUCUAGUCAUGUAGACAGCAGUGUACAUAAAUUAUUAUAAACAAUUUGCACUGUCAGAGAAUUGCUAAAUGUGUAAUUUAGUUGUAAAUAAGUCUCAGGGAGCGGUGUAGCUUAGUGCUCAGGAGUGAGAGGAAAUUCCAGCUUGGUUUUAUAGCAUCGCAGUGUUUCUUCCUCCUGUGGAGUUCCAGGUGUUUUGGCGGUGUGUGUGUUUUCGGCAGGUCGGAGAAGGAUGGGGUCACUCGGGAGUCGUUUCCAAGCCUCUCCUCGCCGCCUGGGUGAGACGCCCCAACCCCACUGCGCAGGAAGUACACACGUGUGUGAGUGCAAGAAGAGGAAACGAAGCUCACAUUGCGAGUGUGACAGCGAACCAGAGGAAGAGGACAGUCUGCUGGACACACCGUGCAGGAAGAAGCUGAAGAGCACGUCCAAGUACAUUUAUCAGACUCUGUUCCUGAACGGGGAGAACAGCGACAUCCGGAUCUGUGCGCUGGGCCAGGAGUGGAACCUACACAAAGUUUACCUGUGUCAGUCGGGAUACUUCUCCAGCAUGUUCAGUGGCUCCUGGAAGGAAUCCAACAUGAUGGUCAUCCAGUUGGAGAUCCCAGAUCAGAAUAUCGACACUGAAGCUCUUCAGGUGGUGUUUGGCUCCCUCUACAGAGACGACGUCCUGAUCAAACCCAGUCGAGUUGUCAGUAUCCUGGCGGCUGCCUGCAUGCUCCAGCUGGAUGGACUUAUCCAGCAAUGUGGGGAAACCAUGAAGGAAAACAUCAGCGUGAAGACGGUGUGUGGAUUCUAUGCCGCUGCUAACAUGUACGGCCUGGACUCCGUCACGAAGAAGUGUUUGGAGUGGCUUCUCAAUAACCUCAUGACACACCAAAAUGUGGACCUGAUGAAGGAGCUGGGGGUUGAAAUCAUCGAGCAGCUGAUCCAGUCGUCGGAUCUGUUCGUCAUGCAAGUGGAGAUGGACGUCUACACCGCUCUGAAGAAGUGGAUGUUCCUGCAGCUCAAUUCGUCUUGGGAUGGUCCCAUCAAACAGCUUCUGGUCGAUGCAGAUACGUGGCUCUGUAAAAGGAGAAGCGAGCUUGGAGAGGAUGAGCCGUUUCUGUGCACGGAUCAAGGCUCGCCUUUUACCCCUGUCUUCAGACACAUCCGCCUGCAGUACAUCAUCAACGACCUGGCCUCGGCCCGCAUCCUCGAGAGGGAUAACAUCAUUCCACCUGACUGGUUGUCCAGGAUAUACAAGCAGCAGUGGUUCGCCAUGCUCCGAACAGAGCAUGACAAUGACAACGGACCCCAAGAGGCCAAUAAGGAGGAGUUUGAGAAGAACAGCAUGCGCUGCGGCCGAAAGCUGAACAAAGAUGGAGAUUACUGCUGGAGAUGGACGGGUUUUAAUUACGGGUUCGACCUGCUGGUGACCUACACUAACCGCUUCAUCGUGUUCAAGAGGAAUACACUCAGUCAGCCGUGUGGGGGCGCGGUCAGUCUACAGCCACGGAGACACCUUGCUUUCAGGUUACGGCUCGCAUCGUUCGACAGCUGUGGCAAACUGAUCUGCAGUCGAUCUACAGGGUACCAGCUGCUCACUCUGGAGAAAGAUCAGGAGUACGUGGUGAUGAACCUGGACAGCCGUCUCCUGUCUUUCCCGCUCUACGUCUGCUGUAACUUCCUGUACACGUCCCCCUCCCCCGAGCGCCGAGCCGACGAAUCGGAAAGCAGCUCCCGCGGCAAGUCGUGACCCUCCUGGCCAAUAAGCUCCGUCCUGAUCUUAUGACAUCAUCACUUCCCACCACUCACUCACUUUUUUUACCAUCACUUUUCUAUACCUUGUGUUAUUUUUUUAAAAGUGUAUACGGAUUGUUUUUAUUUUACUUUUAUAUUUAUUUGGAUUUUUGUUUUAUUAUUAUUUUUUUUAAUGAUUUUUGGUAUAAUUAAACCCAAAAGAAUCCCCAGCCACAGUGAGUGUGUAUGUUUUAGUUUUACUCUUUCUGUUGUUUCGUAUGACGUUAACCGUCGGAUCUUUCCGCGUCUGUUCAUACUGUACGUGGCUCGGAUUUUUUUUUUCUGCCAGGCA